GAAAUAUCUUUAUAAUUAUUUCGUUUAGAUUCGUUAAAUUUGAUUUGCGAAUAAUUAAGUGUACCCGCGCGUGAUUGAUAUUUGUGGUGUCUCGGUGUGAUGUCCGUUGUUGGUGCGAUUCUUUGAAAGAAUUUUUUGUUUUAAUUGAAUUUCAGAGCACGAACUAGAAUGGAACUAUUCAGGAUCGUGUUGGCUCUGUUGUUAGCAGGAUUCGCCAAUGCCAGGCCUCAAACAAUCGACACGGAAACGAUUUUACAACGGGAACCAACGAGCGAGACAAACAACAAGGAAUGGAAACCCAUGAAACCGACCAUGGAAAAGACUACCGAAAAUGUUCACCGAGGUGACAGCAGUGUUCAACUCAAUGAAACCCAACGCCAGCUGAAAGAUCUGCAACACAUCAACCAGUCAUUAAGAACGGUCGCUACGCAGUUAUUAAAUGUAACGAAUCCAAACGAAGGAAUGAAAAAUAAUAAAUUAGAUAUUAAAGAUUCGAGAUUGAACGAGAAGAACGAAGCAUCCUUCGUAAAGGAAAUAAAUACCGAAAUAAGUAAUCUCGAAUCUAUGGGAAUUAAUUUUGGUAGACCGAUGAAUUCGAAAUUUGGUUAUUUUGAGAAUAGUCAUCCUGGUCAAGCGAUGGUCAUGACCGAAGAAGAACUCGAAAAGGAAAUGGGUUCUACCAGAUUGAUGAUAGCUCAUAAAAAUCAUCCAACGACAACUGGCGGUAUCUCGACGUGGAUUCUAUUAAAUCCACCAUCGACGACAAUGAAGGGUCUCACGGAUAGCACUGAUCAACCUGGUACAACUAAACAACCUGAGAACGAUGUAAGAUAUACUUUGAAACCGAUCGUGACUCAUGGAAGAAUAGAGGUUAAGAAUACGAAGAACGAGCAAAAGACAACAUCACAAUUACCAUCGACUGGCUCGAUAGAGAAAGUCAUAUUUCCGAGUACGACGAAGAAAGCUACGAGUAACAGUACUUUAAAAAAAACAACUGUUAGUAAUAAUUCCUCAACGAAACAGGACGAAACCACACAAUCCUUGGCUAAGUUGGAAGCCAUCGAAAAUACGACUUCCAAGGUAUCACGUACAACUUUAGCAGCAUCUAAUGUGGAAAAUAAAGUAACGUCGGCAUCUAUGUCUUCGACAGCGACCACAAAGAAAAUUCAAAUCAUAAGAUCUACUUUAAAGGUUAAAGGUACGACUCCUAGAUCCACCGUUGUUAACAAAUCUGGUACGGCACAAACUAAAAGACCUCAACAAGGAAAACCUAAACCAUCCCACAUGAGAAGGACAACCGUGAAACCUGACAUAUCAAAGAACGACAAUUCUACGACAGCUAAGGUUGAAAAAGUUACGUUCAAAGCAGUCCCAAUGAUUACAACACCAAAACCAAAGAACGAGAUCACGGAAAAACCAAUGUUCGUUACUAAGAUCAAGGCUUCUGUUCUCAUGGACACUCAGAAAACUACAACAACGACGACUGUUCCGAACGUUUACGUUUCUACCACUUCUAAACCUAAUUUCUCGGAUGCUGAUUUAGUAGAAGUACCAGUUAAAUCUAAACCUCUUGGGGCAAGUAUAAAUAACGUCUUGAAGGUGCAAUUGAAAAAACCAAUCGAUGACUCUACUCAAAUCGAAAUAGAACCUAUUAAAAUAAAUCCACCCAUUCUAACGAUUCAGAAAGUGGAAAAGAAGCCUGAUGACGAUAUGCCUGAUAUUAAUUUAGUUAAUCUUAAUGGUACUAGCAUUGAUUUGAAAUUUGAUUUCAAUCCUGAACUGACUAAGAUCAGUACAGAAAUGGAGAGCUUAGAAAAUUCGAUGACGACGUCCAGUCCAUCAUCUAUGACAACGAAACGACAAAGAAACUCGAAUAAAAGGAAGAAGAACAAGAUUAGGCGUCGUAGGCCAUCUAGCACGACACCGUUAACAUCAACAUCAACAUCAACCACAACUACACCGAGCACAAUUGUUCCUGUAACAGCUGAGGAGAUAAUCGAAAUAUCAGCCGAACCAAUACUAUUGGACAACGCUAUUCAAGAAUCUAAAAUUGAACCUGAAUCCAAAAUUACGAAUAGCAAUACGAAAACUAAGAAGAAACCACCGCAAAAAGGGAUAAGUUCGCAGAUCUACAGUUUUCUCAGCAGAGAAGUAAUGCCUAGUUUUGGAGUAAUGUCGUUACUCGGAUUAGGUUUGGGAUUAGCUUCUUAUUUCCUGUAUCCUUUCGGUGGAACAAUCACCCGAAGAAAUUACGAGGUGGAACCUAAUUACAAAUACAAUUUGGAUGAAUAUGGUGGUAAUUAUGGACAGAACGAAGAAGAAGUUUUGUCAAAGGUAUUGCAAGGUAUGACUAAUCACGAGAAUAGAUUUGGUCUUGGAUCGUCAAGUGGGGUCAAGGAUUUGGAUAAGAAUUAUUAUCGUUAUCAACAUUUUGAUGGUGCGUACGAUACUCAAUCGAUAAGAAGAACGGAUCAAAGAUAUCCUUCGCCAUCGUCGUCGCCUAUUUACAAACCAACUGAAAAUACAGCGUCUGUACUUAAAUAUCGUAAUACCGAUUACAAAUAUUCUGAAGUACAAACUACGCCAACUUAUUACGAUCCACAAAAACAUAAUGAAUUUGUAAUCAGUCAAGAUAGUUCAGGAAAUAGGCAAUUCGUUGUUGGUAAUAUACCGAAAGAAUAUCCACCAUUUACCGAUAAACAUCCUACCUUAUCGACGACGAAUAAAAAGGGACCCAACGUUUUCCAAGAAUCAACGGAAAGUGGCUUGACGCAAUUUGAACGUGACAUUGCCCAAGGUCUCAACUUUCCACCCAAUUCCAUUAAUGGACAUGGCUAUCAAUCGGAAACGCAAACUUUACGACCUGAAGAUGGUUACGAAGAGAUUGAAAUUACACCUACCGCUGUUGCAGUUGAACAUGGACCUAGAUCUCUAAAAAUAAAACGUUCGAUCCUUGAUCAUCUUUCCAGAUCUAAAAGGGAAUCUGUAAUUCAGAUAAUCCCAUCCAAACACGAAUUAGAAGAAGAACAAAAAGAAGAGGAUUUAAGCAAUGAAAUUUUAGAUAUUAUUGACUUGGCUUUACCUGGUAGCGACGAGAAAAAAAUAAAACAUAACGAUUUAGAUGAUUUUCAUUCGUAUAAGAAAAAACUUCACGAGGAAUCUCAAAAGCAACAUAAAGAAACAGGUUCGAGAAGCCCGACGUUCCCUAAUGACACUGAAAACAAAACUAAUUCGAAAAAUAAUGUAAUUCAUGAUACCGCAGAUAGCGUUGAAAAAAUAACGACUGAAAAACAACUCGAUAAAAUAGAAGAAGACAAUUAUUCGAGCACUAGUUCUUCUGUAACUCCUAUAUUUUCGAGCAACGAGUCGUCCGAUACAACCGAACACACGAAAGAUAUCGAAGAAACUACGGUCGAAUGGUCCGAAAAUCCAACGACGACAAAACCAAACGAAGAAGGUUUCAAUAUCUUCAGUUUCGUUAAAAAAGUUGCCGAAAUUAAAUUUAGAUUAGGUUUGACCAUAUUGAAACACGCUAGCGAGGGUUUCGCAAGAUAUCUGGGACAUGUUCAAAAGAGGAUCAAUGGCGAGGAAUAGAAAGGAAUGUAAUGAUACCUUUCGAGAAGCUCAAGUUGAGAAUGAUAUGUGAUUUGAAGACCUGGCAAAUUACAUCGUAUCGUCUCUGAUGUGUACUUACGUACUUACUUCAGCAUGUAUAUUUUAUUUAACGACUGCGUAGAAGUAAACCCCCCCAGUUUAUACUCGUUGUUUUCAUAUCGGUCUUAUCCUACGCGAGAUAUUACUCGAAUUAUUGAUCGCAUAAAUGAUUUCGUGAUUGUUAUACCAACGCGAUUAUUUUCACAAUUGACUGAAGGAUUAAUUUCUAAUAUCUCGGACAAAUCAAUAUUAACGACUUUAUCAUCAUUGUGAAAAUAAUGAGCGAUGAUGCUUGAAAAAUUUAAUUCGUGUAAGGAUAAUUACGGGAUUUAUUUAUAUGUCGGAGUUUAAUGGUUUCAAAGAAAAACAAGAGAUUUAAGUUACCGAAAAGAUCGUAUGAUAUGUUUGAAAAGGUAGUGGGUAUUUUUUUUUUUGUUUCUUACAAGACUGUCACCAUAUUCAUACACUCACACACACAAACACACACACACACGCACACACUUGUUGUUUUAUUGCGAAUUCACUUAUGUUAUUUUGAUGUACGUAUGUUUUCUUCCCUCUCAAAACGAGAAUAAUAUAUUAUAUAAAAAUCUAAAAUAUUAGACUGUUUAUUACGUAUAUAUAUAUAUAAAUAAAUAAAUAAAUAAGUUAAAUAAAUAUUGCUACGCAGUAUUUU